AUGAAAUAGGUACCUAGUUUACUGUGCAACAAAGUUCAACAGCUGAUAUCGGCAGGUCAAAUUGAGAAUAAAUAAUUAUUUAUAAUUAAUAUUUUGAACAAAAAUAAUAGUAUAAUGUAGUAAAUGGCAGUAUAAUGUGUUUAGUGUUUAGCAUAAACUUGAACGGUGUGUGCGUAUAUUUUUGUGAAGUUAACUUUUUCGGAUUUAUAACCUCAAAAAGUAAACAAACAAGUGCAUAAGCAAAAUGGCGGUAGAAGGUGUCAUGGUGACCUACAACUACUCGGAUGACGGGGAGCUAGCCAAUAUUCUGACAGUCGCUGCGUCUGGUAUCAAAUACUCCAACCGCUGGGUCCUCACACACGGGUCCAUUCUGUCUCCAUUGAAACAGGCCAAGAUCAUAAAAGAAGCAAGAGGAAAACCCAUAGUAAACGAUGAGUUUUACAAUACAUUGCCAGAAAUGUACGUAACCUGUGAAAAGGGAAAGUCGAGAGGGUCUAAUUUGUACGAGGGAGUGGAGAGGUUAAGUAGAGAGAGGAACUUGGAUAUCGACACGGAUUUUGAGCACAGCAGCUACCAGGCGCGCGUGAUGACGGGCAGAAUAUGCCACCUCUGGCAGUGUCCCAUACUUGAUAGAUGCGUAGAUGACAUUCUAUACAGCUGGACAAUAGGACAUCGCGACGGUGACGUGGAAAAGCAGACGCAGCUGGGCAAGGCUCUGCUCUCAGUUUUUGUUCUCAUAGAUUUGGAAAGUGAUAACACUGGAUUUAAGACUCUAAGGCCGUUAUCAGAACUCCUAGACUUGGUCCGACUACCACCAGAACGGGGUACAAAUAUUCAAGUUCAUUCUACACCUUUCGGCUGUGAGGUGUUUCUAAACGCAGUAACACGCGGCUCCGUGUGCGGCGUGGUUGGCAAGCGGCCAUCUUUGUUGCUCACUGACGCUGCUACUGCGCUGGGCUCGGAGGGGGGGCCCGUGUUCACUGAUGGUCCUACUAAGGAGCUAGUGGGCGCGGUGGUGUGCAGCGUGUCGUGGUGGCGCGGCGAGUGGGUGGGGCUGACGCUGGCGGCGCCGCUGCGCUCCGUGCUGGCGGCCAAGCUGCGCGUGCCGCCCGCCGCCGCGCCGCGAGCUGCGCCCUCGCCGCUGCAUAGCGACAUACUGGAGCGCAUAGACCGGGUGACGCUGCUAGUGCGGUGCGGCGCGUCGUGGGGCGCGGGCGUGUACCUCGGCGACGGGUUCGUCAUCACGUGCGCGCACGUUGUUAAGAACCACGCCUCUCACAAAGUGUCGCUGUACUGCCGCGGUGUGAAAGAGACAGCGAUAGUGCGGUACAAGAACGUGGACGAUAAAGCGUACGACCUCGCUCUGCUGUUCACAAACCCGCAGUGCUGGAAUCACUUGUUGCCUGCUGUGUUUAGCGAUGAGCCGGCGGAAAAAGGCGAGUCAGUGCUAGCAGCCGGCUACCCGUACUUCAACGAGAACAAUCUAGACGACCUGAAACCGACUGUAACUAGUGGACACAUAAACAACGUGUCGCCAUCUUUAAUACAGACGUCGUGCUGCGUGCAAUCUGGAUUUAGCGGCGGACCAAUAUUCCAAAUAACAAGCAACGCGCAAGUGAGAGUUCUCGGCAUAAUAGUGAGCAACGCAAAGACAGAAACCGGAGCGUGUUUUCCAUACAUAAAUAUGGCGGUUCCCGCCAAAGCUUUCUUGCGACUUGUGCAGCAAUUCAUUGAUGAUAGAGAUGAGAAGAAAUUAUUGGCAAUCGAGAAUAGCAGAGAGAUGAUUCAGUCACAAUGGCGGUUGCUACCCUAUAGGUCGAAAAUAUAAAAAAAAAUAUUUACUUUAUAUAAAGUUUUUUCUAAUUUUAUAUA